AUGCCAUUUGAUAAAGAAGCCGAAAAUGGAAUUAAAACAGGUCAUCAAAAACGAUUAUCAAGUUCUUCAGAUUUACAACAACCACAAAAACGUCGAAUAUAUGUCAACAUACCAUUACCAACGGAAGAACUUGAUCAAUAUGGUGAACCUAAAACAUCUUUUGUAGGAAACAAAAUACGUACCUCAAAAUAUACCCUUUUAACCUUUAUACCGAAAAAUAUAUUUGAACAAUUUCGUAGAGUAGCAAACAUGUAUUUCCUUUUUAUAUUCAUUUUACAACUUUUCCCGCUUAUCGGCAAUGGUAGUUCUCCUAUUAUCUUUGCCGCUCCACUACUCUCUAUCAUAACUAUGACUGCAAUUAAAGAUGCUAUUGAAGAUUGGAAACGUCACACCCAAGAUAACACACUUAACAAAUCAAAAACAAUUAGAUUAUCCAAUCGUAAUGUUAAUAUACCUACAGGUGAUGGUAAACGGUUUAAAUUUUUACGUGGUAUAUUAAAUGGCUUUUUUGGUUCACAGAAAAAUAACAAUCAGAUAGGCCAAGAAAGUAACAAUGAUAAGAAUAAAAGUUACUCAAAGCAAAUGGAAGAAGUUCCUUUGCCUACUAUGCGACCAUCUCAAAGUGCAAAAUGGAUAGAUAGUCGUUGGCAAGAUGUUAGAGUUGGCGAUAUUAUACAAUUGAGAAAUAAUGACCCUGUUCCUGCUGAUAUAAUAAUUUUAUCUACGAGUGAACCUGAUGGUCUUUGUUACGUAGAAACAAAAAAUCUUGAUGGUGAAACAAAUCUUAAAAUUCGUCAUUGCAACAAUGCCACGUCAUCUUUAAUGACGGAGAGUGAUUAUGAACAAGCUUUUUUUUAUGUCGAUUCGGAACCAGCACAUGCAAAUUUAUAUUCAUAUAAUGGCGCUCUACAUUGGGUUGGAACUAAUAGAGAUGGUGCGGACCAUUCCAACGAAAAAAUUGAACCAAUAUCUAUCAAUGAUAUUCUAUUGAGAGGAUGUAUUCUACGUAAUACUGAAUGGGUCAUAGGAUUAGUAGUAUUUACUGGCACUGACACUAAAAUCAUGUUGAAUUCUGGUGAUACACCAAGUAAAAGGAGUCGUAUAGAAAUAGAAACAAAUUUUCAUGUUACUAUGAAUUUUGUUAUACUGUUCUUACUUUGUUUGGGUUCUGGUGUAGCUCAAACAGUUUAUUAUAUUCAACCUCGAAGCUCUGCAGACGUUUUUGGUUACGAAGGAGACAUUGGUGGUGGUGCAUUAUUUAGUGGUUUUUUAAUAUUUUGGACAAGUAUGGUUUUAUUUCAAAAUAUUGCAUAUUUUAUUCAUUCAGAUGUUGAAAUGUAUUAUGAAAAACUUGAUUAUCCAUGUGUUCCAAAAACAUGGAAUAUUUCUGAUGAUCUAGGUCAAAUUGAAUACAUUUUUUCUGAUAAAACUGGUACUUUGACGCAAAAUGUUAUGGAAUUUCGUAAAUGUACAAUCAAUGGCAUCGCAUAUGGUUUAGGUGAAACAGAUGCUAUGCGUGAGAAAAGAUUAAUGCUAGAAGAAAUGUCAAAUUUAUUUGAAAAUAAAUACAUCUCUCGAAAUCUUACAUUUGUUGAUUCAAAAUUAUAUAAAGAUUUAAAAGUUAUGGAUCAACAAUCAAAAGCUAUCCAAGAUUUCUUUUCUGCAUUAGCGUUGUGUCAUACUGUACUAAUUGAACAUCCUAAUGAAAAUGACCUUUAUGAAAUCGAUUAUAAAGCUCAAUCACCAGAUGAGGCUGCCUUGGUUGGUUGUGCAAGAGAUGUUGGAUUUGCGUUUCUUGAACGGUGUCAGGAUACUUUAAUAAUUGAAGUAAUGGGUCAACGUAAAGAGUUUACAUUGUUAAAUGUCUUGGAAUUUAAUAGUACUAGAAAAAGAAUGUCAGUUGUUCUACGUUCGCCUGAAGGAGGAAUAGUUUUGUUGUGUAAGGGCGCUGAUAGUGUAAUAUAUGAACGACUUAGAACACUUUGUAUAGCGUAUCGUACUAUACCAGAAGAAGAGUAUAAUGUGUGGUCAGCAAAAUAUGCAGAAGCAGCAUCCAGUAUUAAUAAUAGAGAAGAAAAGAUAGAAGAGGCAUGUGAGAUGAUUGAGCAUUCAUUGAUAUUGAUGGGAGGAACUGCAAUAGAAGAUCGACUUCAGGAAGGUGUUCCAGAAACUAUAGCCACAUUGGCACAAGCUGGUAUUAAAUUAUGGGUAUUGACAGGUGAUAAAGUGGAGACAGCUAUCAAUAUUGGCUUUUCAUGUAAUCUGUUACAAAAUGAUAUGCUUUUAAUUGUCAUAAAUGCAUCAGAUAAACAAAGUGCUCUUACCCAGAUAAAUGAAGCAAUCAAAAAAUUUUUUGAAAAUCAGAGUGAAAAGAAAAAUAAGCAUGCACUGAUUAUAGAUGGCGAAACACUCAAGUAUGGGUUAGACGAUAGUGUAAAACCAUACUUGUUAGACCUUGGUAAAAGAUGUGAGAGUGUUCUUUGUUGUCGUGUAAGUCCAUUGCAAAAAGCACAAGUAGUUUCUAUGGUGAAAGAAGGAUUAAAUGUGAUGACAUUGUCAAUUGGAGAUGGAGCUAACGAUGUAAGUAUGAUACAAGAAGCAAAUGUCGGAAUUGGUAUUGCUGGUGAGGAGGGGCGGCAAGCAGCAAUGUCAGCAGAUUUUGCAUUUGCACAAUUUAGGUAUUUGGAAAAACUUUUACUUGUUCAUGGACGUUGGUCAUAUAUCAGAAUAGCAGAAAUGAUUUCAUGUUUUUUUUACAAGAAUAUUGUAUGGACAAUUGCAAUGUUUUGGUACCAAACACAGGCUGGGUUUUCUGCAGAAUAUCUUUAUGAUUAUUCAUAUAUCCUGCUUUACAAUCUUGUUUUUACAGCAAUUCCUGUAAUGUAUUUGGGUGCAUUUGAUCAAGAUGUAGAUUCUAAAACUUCUUUUAAAUAUCCACAACUUUAUAAAAGAGGCAUUUUACAACAAGAUUUUACAAAAUCAAAGUUUUGGUUAUACGUAACGGAUGCAAUCUAUCAAUCACUUAUUUGUUUUUUUGUUCCAUAUGGACUACUUCAAUUUGGACAAUCUCAUAGCACUGGAUUGACAAAUAACAGCUUAAAAGAUUUGGGAACUGUAGUGGCAGGAGCAGUGGUGGUAACGACUAAUUUAUAUGUUGGGCUUAACAUUUUGAAUUGGUCAUGGAUGGGAUUUUUUGUCAUUGGUUGUAGUAUUAUAUCAUUUUAUUUAUGGGUAGAACUUUACGCCAUAGUGUAUUCAAUAGGAUUCUUUAGAGUGGAUGUGAUAUUAUUUUCUGAUAUAGAUUUUUGGUUGACGAUUACUUUUGUUGCUAUGAUUAGUAUUAUGCCGAGAUAUAUUGUUAAGUAUCUUCAUAAGUCGUAUUGGCCAACUGAUACAGAUAUUGUUCGUGAACAAGUUUAUCAAGAAAAGAAACUUAGAAAGGGAGGGAAACGAACGGUUGUUGAGGAAGAAGAGGAUAGAUCUCCAAUUAAUGUAGGUUAUACGACUAAUGAUACACAUGAAAAUGCAUUCAGUGGAAAUUCAACGAUGAAGAACAUAACAUCUGAGCCAACAUCAAUAACAACAGCAGCAAUAAAUGAAGAUAUAAAAUCAUCAUCAAUAUUACCAAAUAUCAAACCAAGGAAUCAUAGACCGACAGCAUCUAUGAGAUCAAUUGAACAACUUAUACAUAUGGAUUCUGGUAAAAGGCAAUCGUUUACAGGAUUUGCAUUCUCAGUUGAGGAGAGUGGGUUUGAGAAUUUCAGAAAAUCAUCAUCAUCAAAGAAUUUAUUAUAUCCUACACAAUUACCAUUAAAUCGUAGUAAAUCUUUGCCUAGUAGUUUAUUUAGUAGAUUGUCGUCAUCUAGGAAGUUGGGAUUUCAGUAA